AUGGUCAUCAACGACGGCAACUCGAUUAGUAUCUACAUUUUCCACGGCGGCACCAGCUGGGGCUUCUCGGUAGGCGCCAACUGGGACAACAACGCCUACAGCGCAAUCACCACGAGUUACGACUACGGCGCGCCUUUAGACGAGAGCGGCCGCCCCAACGCGGCUUACCAUGCCCUCCGCGGUACCAUUUCCGCCCGAUUCGACGGCAUCCCUGACGUGCCAAGCAAGCCACCCAUGAGCUCAACACACCCGAUCCACAUGAAGCCUUAUCUUUCCCUCCUCGAUGCUCUUCCCCCCAAGCACUCUUCUAAUGCCCUGACAGCCACAAGUAGAGCCCUCACUCUCGACGACGGGCCUCGCGAUCGGGUCUUGGUCUUUGUGAACAAGAAGCGCAUCGCCAUCGUUGACUCUCGCGUCCAGAACCGAACAGACGUCCACCUGGAUCUGAAACGCGGCGAUGUGCUUGACCUUCUGGUUGAGAACUAUGGCCGGAUCAAUUUUGGGGACCACCUCACCGAUCAGCGCAAGGGCAUCGUCGGCGAUGUCUAUGUUGGCAGUGUCCGUGCCCAGCCACCUGAUCAGUACCAGCUGCCGUGCGACCAACCUGGCAAUGCUGGCUGUAAGAACCAUGCCUAUUGGCUAUAG